AUGCGGUUCCAAGUUCCUGGACCUUCUUCUGGGUCUGAAGUUUUAUCCAAGCAGCCUAGCGUAGUACGUGCAGAUAUCUUACGUGCUGCAUGUACCAAGAAGACAUUGGCCGCCGCAUUUGUUGCCUUGGCAUUCAUAACGUUAUUCCAAACAUUGAAACAAUAUACGACAAAGGUCUACCAAGCCUAUGCUACGAGCGAUUUUUCGAAACACUCCCUGCUCACGACUUCUGAUGUGCUUGAGAAGAUCAUUACUCUCGUAGCAUAUCCCAUCACGGCCAAAUUAUCCGAUGUCUUUGGGCGUACCGAAGGCCUUGCUUUGACCAUUUGGUUCAUGGUUCUUGGCGAGAUUAUGAAGGCCGCCAGUCCCAACGUCCAGACAUGGGUGGCCGCUGGAGUCUUUUUUACGGUCGGAGAUGUGGGCUUUGCUUCCUUGCUGAACAUCUUCAUUGCCGACACGACCACCCUUCUCAAUCGUGGGCUAUGGUCCACCAUUCCAGAAACCAUCGCGUCGAUUCCAAGUCUUAACAUCGGUAGUAUCAUCGGUGGUGCCGUUCUCGAUGGUCCAUACUGGCGGUGGGGAUACGGGAUGUGGGCCAUCAUACUUCCCGUAGCCGCUGCCCCCCUCAUCAUUAUCCUCGUCAUCUGUCAGCGCAAAGCUAACCGCCUCACUCAUACUAAGCCCCAGUCGGCUCUCGAUGCCCUCUUCCAUGAUGAUCCUUCAACUCCCACCAGGGCAAUGAAGAUAUGGAAACUCAUCUGGAUCGAGUUGGACUUUGUCGGCGUCCUUCUACUCGUGGUAUCGUUGGCAUUAAUUCUCAUUCCGUUGACUCUAACGGGCACGGAUAGUCCGCAGACCUGGUCCUCUCCAGGAAUCAUCGCCAUGAUCGUCAUCGGGAUGGUCCUUUUUGCCGUGUAUAUUUUCUACGACGCGAAGAUUGCCAGCAAACCCUUGAUUCCAUAUAGGCUUGCAAGGGAGCGUACCUUGGUGUUUGCCUGUAUCAUUGAGAUGUUGGACUUCCUCUAUUACGCGGCCUUCACAUCUUUCUUCCCCUCAUUUCUCCAGGCGAUACCGCAGCUGAUAACGCGCCGUAGCAACUCGCUCCGUGUAGCCUACCAGGUAGCCUCUCCACUGUGGAUUGGCGUUGAAUGGUGCUACUAUCUUGGCAUCCCACUCAUGCUCUUGGGUCAGGGAUUGAUGAUCUACUUCGUCUCCCCAGGCCGGGAAACCACCGCCAUAGAAUUUUGCGUGACAAAGAUCUUUAUAGGUAUCGGGAGAAGCUUUUAUAUGAACGCAGGCCAGGUUGGCGUACAAUCCCUUGCAAGGCGGCAGGAUGUUGCAGUUGCGGUUGCGAUUAUUCUUGCUCUAACUUCUCUGGGAGGUGCUAUUGGUUCUGCGAUUUCCGGUGCCGUUUGGAAUAAUACGCUGCCCUCGCGCCUUGUGGAGAAUUUGCCCGACGAUUACAAAGACCAGGCGUCUACGAUAUUUUCUUCCAUCAAAGUGGCUAUGAAAUAUGCCCGGGGAACUGUGGUCAGAGAUGCCAUUGUAUUGAGCUACAAGCAAGUUCAAAGGAUUUUGGCUAUCGUCGCUUUCGCUGUCAUGAUUCCCAAUCUUCUGUUCAUGUUCUUUAUCCGUGAUGUCAAAUUGUCGAACGACAUGACAUUAGCAGAUCAUGAAGAGGAUGCAGGUGUGGAGAGCCACAAAGGUGUUGCAGCGAGUAUUGCAGCAAGUGACGAGAAACGAAGUGUCGAGGACGUUAAGAAUUAA